AUGGAAGUGACCGAAGGGGUUAUGUGCCGUGCCUACAGUGGCAAAGGAGCCUUCGCAGUGCUGUGGUGUGAAUUGGAAAAUUUGCAGCCGGAGAUUAAAAAACUAGCUGAGCGUCUUCGCUAUGAAGUUUCUGUUCGUGGAAAGCAACUGGGUUGGUCUGAAAAGGUGGCCAGGUUCCACUUUAAGAAAAACCUACGGAGGAUUAUUACGGAACUGUACAUUCGAGACAACUGCCACCCCUUCAAAGCCACUUUACUGGUGUGGGUACAGAUUCCAAUGUGGGUUUGCGUGUCCCUCGCUUUGCGCAACUGCAGUGUCGGUGCCGUGGACUCGGGAGUUCAAGAACAGUUCUCAGCAGGCGGAGCGUUGUGGUUUACAGACCUCACGGCACCAGAUUCUACGUGGAUUUUGCCAGUUUCGCUUGGGCUCGUCAAUUUGCUGAUAGUGGAGAUCUUUGCUUCACAAAAAAUGGAAGUUUCCAGAGUCCAGAAGCUUGCUACCAAUUUCUUUCGAGUGGUGUCAGUAGUGAUGAUCCCUGUUGCUGCAACAGUUCCCUCUUCCAUGGCGUUGUACUGGCUGUCCUCGAGCUUCGUGGGACUCUCGCACAACCUGUUGCUGCGUUCUCCGACCUUUCGUCGACUGUGUUGCAUACCAAGGACCAAAUCUGACUCGGAUACUCCGUACAGGGAUAUUGUGUCUGCCUUGACUACCAAAUACAGUUUUAAGAAAUGAUGUCAUUUGAACUGUUGGAAGAGCUAUCUCACAAAUGUUGCAUGGGUAAUUAAGUAGUGCUGUUUUAUUGAGAUGUACUUAACUUACUGUAAAAUGUUGCAGCUGGAAUUAUAUUUAUUUUUCAAAUAAAGCAUUGACUGUCUGGCCGUAAAGAAGGAUUGUUCAGCACAA